UGUCAAUGCAUCAAAUCAACCGCCGUCACAAUCUCGGGCGAUUAUCAACCAACCAUUACAACAGGCAAAUCCAGAAAAAAAACGCAAAAAAUAUCAUGGUGUUAAAAAAUUACAACGUUUUCGUCGGAGACGACGUGCUCGUAAUAUGAGUGAAGAAGCUAUAACAAAAAUGAUUCAGGCACGAAAACGUGCGAAAGACAAGAAAAAGUCGAAACAAUCAAAGAACAGGACUACUACAACCACUGUUCCUCAAACGGAAUCUAGAAUCACCACUGUAUCAAUACCAAACAAAGAAGAAAUUGACAACAAUCAACAGAAAUGUAUUACAUCAGCAAACAAACGUAAAAGAGAUAUUUCUUCAUUUGAACUUCAUCGUCAUUUAGUUCCAUCGACGAGUCAUGUCAAUCUUCGACCACCACCAGCCAAAAAAAUGAAAAAAAUCAGCUUAAUUCAGUCUAUUCCACCGGAUAGUAUUAGUAUGAAUAGAAAAUAUCCAUUACCAGCGUACUUAACUCAUUCACCACAUUUGAUCUUUCAAGUAUUACGUCAAGAAUUUAAUCGUUUAUUGAAUAAAAAAGAUGAACGAAUAUUUCUUCAUAUACGUCUACAAUUAUUAGAUCGUCAAUAUCGUCUCGAGCUUGAUCAACGUUUAUGGCAAUCUUACUUAAAUAUUGGUUUACCAGAAACGUUAUGGCCUCGUUCAUUGUAUGAAAUGACCAAAACCAAUCAAGCAGAUCUAUGUGAAAAUUAUAUUAUGACACAAUUAGCUAUGAUCGAUGAUCAAUUAGAACAAUGUAAUCUGGAAUUGAAUAAACAAGCGCAAUCAGCGAUACCAAUUCUAUUACCAGCAUUAGAUAUUAUGGAUACAAGUUUAAAAAAUUAUGUUUCCUUACAACAAAAUUAUUUAGUCGAACGCAUGCAACAUAAAAUAAUGAAAUUUAAGAAUGAGCUUCGUGAUGAACAACUCUAUCGAGAUUUGUUUUCUUACAAUCUUACUACUAUUCAACAACAAAUGCUUGAACAGAUCAUUCAUGUACGAACAACACAAUUGCAAGUUUACGAAGAAUUUAUGAUGCUUGAACAACGCAUUUUGUAUCAAUUUCUACCACCAAACUUUGAUCAAUUUGAAAAGAUUACAGCACCUGAUAUAUAUUGGCCACCGAUUGCUGAUCAGACACUAGUCGAUAUACGAACAAAACGUCGUACAAUCUUGAAACGAGGAAAACGUAAUUUACUAAAUCUUUUUUAUGUUGCCUAUGAAUAUAAAAUCAAUGCAUAUCAAGUACAAUAUAAAGAAAAUUUAAAUCAAUUAGAAUUACAAUUCUUUACUAUGAUUCAAAUCAAUGGCAUGUCUUUAAUCGACUAUUUCAAAACUUAUAUGAUACAUCGUACUCAAACAGCUAUUGGUAAUAUAUUUCAAAAAUUUAGUCACUUUCGACAGAUCAUUGCUCAACGUUAUCAACGAUCAUCAACUGCCAAGACAAUGGUCGGCGUGUCACCUGAAGUGAUUAUUGAUGUUCUUCAUUGUCCUUAUAAAUAUGUAGAAUUAUCUCAUCUAUCCCUAGGUCCAAAUUAUGCUCGAUCAAAUCCAAGUGCACUUCGUCCGAUAAAACAUCGUGAGAGUCAAAUAAAAAAUAAUGUCAAGAAUAUCACUGAGAAAGUUAAAAAUCAAUUAACGAACUACUGCAAGAGAGAACCGCCAGUCCCAAGAAUGAUACAUUACUCUGAAUUAGUUGAAAAUGUACUUCGACAACAUUAUAUGGCUCCAUUAUCCUAUGUUGAUCGCAUGCGCGCUGAACGAGAAUUCAAAUUAGUCAAAUCUAUUCGACGGAAGGCACAACAUGCGAAACUUAUUAUACGUGUCUGUGAUAAAGGUGGUGGUUUUCAUAUUGGUAGUAAAAGUGAUUAUGAAAGAAAAGCAGCUAAAUAUCGUGAAGAUACAAAAGCCUAUCAAGAAUUACCGAAUAAUCCUUUGAAGGAAAUAUUCACUAAUGUAACAAAUGCACUCGAUAUUCUCAAGAAUAAUAAGCAAUUACCACUCAAGGAAUACAAUCGUCUAAUGCCAAAAUCUGAUCAAGUCAAAUUAUCUUACAUGUAUUUUAAUCCAAAGCCACACAAGGAAGGAACACCAUUACGACCUAUUUUGAAUACUAUUAAAUCAGUAACAAGAUCUAUCUCUGAUUUCUUAGAUAAAUUAAUUCGACCUAUCUAUGAUCAAUAUAAUAAAGA